CUCACGAGCCUGCCUAUCAGCGGAAGAGCGCAUGCACUGCGUUCAUCCGACUCCAUGAUACUACCAGCUUCCUCGCGUCGAUCACUUCUGAGCCUGCACCGACAGCAAGAGAAUGCAGCGUACAAUUGACUCUAUUCAUGACGAUUCAGAUAUAUAGAGCAAUUCCCGCUGUAGCCAUCGCUGCGACCGCCGAAGUUUUGGCAUCUGCACCAUCUCGGUAUGAUCCUGUAGGAAGGCAUUGGCUUCUAGCAACCAGAACACUGUAUGCAUCUGAAGGGUUAUCGUGGUUGAAUUUCCUAUCCUGCACAGUCUGUGCGGCAGUACUUCGUAGACAAGCGUUUGAUCAUCUGUCAGGAGCUUCUUGAAGGAAGAUAUUCAGCUAGUGGCACGUUACUUGAAUGUUGGCAAAGUGGCUAAGUCUUUCGACAAUGUAUUACUGCAGCCUCAAGUACCAA